CGAGCCUCGGCGGCGGGGAACGAGUAUCGGGCUACCGCGAGGCGACCUCGGGUCCCAGAGCGGCCGCAGGGCAGCCCCGGGCGCCGGCCCCGGUGCGCGUCUCCUGUGCUCGCCCCUCCGCGCGCGGCCCCGAUGCUGGACAUGAGCGAGGCCCGCGCCCAGCCGCCCUGCAGCCCGUCCGGCACUGCCAGCUCCAUGUCGCACGUGGAGGACUCGGACUCGGACGCGCCGCCGUCGCCCACCGGCUCCGAGGGCCUGGGCCGCGCGGGGGGCGCAGCGGGGGGAGCCCGGGGCGACACGGCGGAGGCGGCGGACGAGCGCUUCCCGGCCUGCAUCCGCGAUGCCGUGUCGCAGGUGCUCAAGGGCUACGACUGGAGCUUGGUGCCCAUGCCAGUGCGCGGCAGCGGCGGCGGCGCGCUCAAGGCCAAGCCGCACGUGAAGCGGCCCAUGAACGCCUUCAUGGUGUGGGCGCAGGCGGCACGCCGCAAGCUGGCCGACCAGUACCCGCACCUGCACAACGCCGAGCUCAGCAAGACGCUGGGCAAACUGUGGCGUUUGCUCAGCGAAAGCGAGAAGCGGCCCUUCGUGGAGGAGGCCGAGCGGCUGCGCGUGCAGCACAAGAAGGACCACCCGGACUACAAGUACCAGCCGAGGCGCAGGAAGAGUGCGAAGGCCGGCCAGAGCGACUCCGACUCGGGGGCCGAGCUGGGACCCCACCCGGGCAGUGGUGCCGUGUACAAGGCUGACGCAGGGCUGGGAGACGCGCACCACAACGGCGACCACACAGGGCAGACCCACGGGCCGCCCACCCCACCCACCACCCCCAAGACGGAGCUGCACCAGGCGGUUGCCAAGCCGGAGCUGAAGCUGGAGGGACGCCGGGCAACGGACAGCGGGCGCCAGAACAUCGACUUCAGCAACGUGGACAUCUCGGAGCUCAGCAGCGAGGUCAUGGGCACCAUGGACGCCUUUGACGUCCACGAAUUCGACCAGUACCUGCCCCUGGGCGGCCCUGCCCCUCCUGAGCCUGGCCAGGCCUAUGGGGGCACCUACUUCCACGCAGGGGCGUCCCCCGUGUGGGCCCACAAGGGCGCCCCGUCGGCCUCCGCGUCGCCCACCGAGACGGGCCCCCCUCGGCCGCACAUCAAGACAGAGCAGCCGAGCCCUGGCCACUACGGCGACCAGCCCCGGGGCUCGCCCGACUACGGCUCCUGCAGCAGCCAGGCCAGCGUCCCGCCAGCCACCCCCGCUGGCCCCUUCACCGGCGCCCAGGGUGACUACAGCGACCUGCAGGCCUCUGGCUACUACGGCGCCUACCCGGGUUACGCGCCCGGCCUCUACCAGUACCCCUGCUUCCACUCGCCACGCCGGCCCUACGCCUCGCCCCUGCUCAACGGCCUGGCCCUGCCGCCCGCCCACAGCCCCAGCAGCCACUGGGACCAGCCGCUGUACACCACCCUGACCAGGCCCUGAGGGUCCGGCCUCGGGGAGGGACUUGCGGGCGUGGGGGCGGCAGCCUUGUCCCGGCCUGGACAGCCCAGCCUCCGAGCCUCCUGGCGUGCAUGGCGAGGGCAGGAGGGGCCCCGGUGGCCAAGCUCCGUCAAGUGCCUGCUGAAGUCUGCAGGGAAACCUGCUUGCCCGCCCGUGGCCCUCUGCUCCAGAUGGCCACACCUCCGCCGACAGACGCUCUCCCUCUCCCUUCUCUCUCUCUCUUUGAGGUGGCCGGGGAUUAUUUCACGAGGAAGGGCUGCUGUUGGGUCCCUCUUCUGGGAGGACUGGCGGCCACGGCACUUGGGUCUGCGUCUCAGCGGAGGAGAAGCGGCAGAACGGCCCCAGGACCAAAGGAGGGGGGACUGGGGGGCCUUGGCAGGCGCUCUGAGGUCCAGGCCAGCCUUGGCGCUCAGAUCCCCGGCACGCACAGCCACAUUCCCUCCACGACAGGUGCACGGGCUGUCCAGGGUGUCGGUCCACAGACCCUCUGGGACGCGUCCACUGGAGCAUCUCCAGAACCGCCUGUCAGAUCCGAGGCGUCCCCUUGCUGGCAGAGUUCGCCCACGCGAGGUCUGGCUGUGAUUAACACGUCUCUCUUUUAUUUUUACGUUUUCGAUAAUUUUUAUUUUUGAAGCUUAAAUGUGUUUCUUUUGAAAGCUGUUAAAGAUCUAUUUAUGUUCUGUAUUAUUUUAUCUUUAAUUAAUGAGGUACUUUGGGCAAAGAGUAGAAUUUAGGACAGAGUGGAAGCUGGGAAGCUCCCCUGGAGGGCCGGCGGGAGAUGGGGUUGCAGCUGUUGCCCAGCGUCACGUGCUCGGCUUUUGGGAGGCUGCCCUGGAGGGGCUGGGGGUCCUGAGGUCUCUGGGAGGCCUUGAGCUUGGCAGCCGAAAAUUCGAGGGAGGAGAAGGGCCUUGCCUUGCCGCAUCUCUGAUCAGGUCGAGAUGCCCCAGCACCCAGUAUCAGGUUGGGGUUUGGGGAGUGGGAAUCCAUUGCUGGCCACAACUGUGCCACGUGGUACAGAACACGGGAAUUCCUGGGAAGCCGUGGCUUCGGAAGUGACCUUGGCUUGCAGGCACCAGGUGCCACCUACCAAGCUGUGAAACUAAACCUUCCCCACUAAACAUUGUUAGGGCCUUAGCUUAGAGGAGUAAUACCCGAUUCACCCGCGCCGCCCUCCCUGCGUGCCCAGCAUCGCGCAUGCAUAGCGCCUCCUUCACAGAAACUUGUGCCUUUAAACUUUGUAAACUUAAUUACAUCCGUGAAGUUGCUUCUUUUUACUUUUUCUACUUUUCUUACCUUUUUGUAGAAAAAAAAUGUCUCUGCAUCUAUCUACUCCCCUGGGGGUGGGGGCGGGGCAGCCGCAGGCCCGAGUCUCCCUGGGCACAGGGUUCGGAGGACGCGCCCUCACCCGCCUGUUGCCUUCGCUACUUUCUGACCAAGCAACGCUAACUUUUGUACAGAUCGAUUUGAUAAAAUUAAACAAAGUGCUUUUUAUGAG